AAUAGGUAAAGUAGGAUUUCGAUCUGUUUUGUUUGUUUUGUAAAAUGACAGCAAGAUUAGAAUGGUGGAAAAUCAUAACAACGUUGUUUAUGUUUAGUCUGAUGGCUAUAAACGGUUCGGCAACGAAACGGGGAUGGUAUCAACCCGGUAAUGGCUUCCAAUAUUCGCUUACUGGGACCAGAUUAACGUACAAGAGAGCACAGGCAGAAUGCGAAGGCUGGAACGGUAAACUCGCCAUGAACGGGAUCAGAGAUCAAAUAUACUUCAAGAAGCUAGCAUCUUAUUUCAAGGAAAUGCCGGUAUGGGUUGGACUUGAUGAUAUUACAAGGGAAGGACACUUUGUAUGGAAUGAUGGGAUGCCGUCGCAUUUCGCAUGGCUGGACGCCUGGCAUAUUGCGCAACCAGACAAUAGAAACAAUCAAGAUUGUGUCGUUAUAGUCAACAAACCUUGUAAACAUUCACCAAGACAUCUUGAUGACGUAGAUUGCCGAAAUUCAUUUUUUGGAAUAUGCGAAGUCUCAAUCGGAAAUCCACCAAAAUACCGCACUGUUCAGAGAGCUGGUAUUGAAUAUGCCCUGCUGACGUCAGCAAUGACGUAUGAGCUGGGACAAACGAAGUGUCGGGAGUGGGGAGGGGAACUUGCAACGAACCCAAUCACCGAUGCUGGUCUUGCAAGUUUUGUGACCACUCUGUACCCCGGCGGGACAAACAAGAAGGCCUGGGUUGGUAUGAACGAUAAAAGAUCAGAGGGAACAUUGGACCUUGUUACAGGGGGCACGGUUAGUAGUAGCUUAGUAAACUGGUAUUCUGCUGGAAAUACAGAACUUGCGGAUUGCGCUGCAAUUGCUCCGGACCAAGCUGGGAAAGUUUCACUGUUGAGAUGCGACCGUCAUAGACCGUCACUGUGCCAGAAAACACACGUACCAGCAGUUGAUUCGAUGCCGUCACCGUGUUUAGCUAACUUGACCGUGUGCGGUCAAAACAUUUACCGGACAAUGGACGGUUCGUGCAACAAUCGAUUAAACAGCGAUCGAGGGCGAAGCAGGCGAGCUUAUAAACGGAUGUUGCCAGCUUCUUACGAGGACGGCGUAGGUUCGCCGCGGGGUGGCGCGCGACUCCCUUCUGCCCGUGCGGUCACCCAGGCGAUUCGAAACGACAUAAACGAGCAAUCAAGCGUGGCCAGUCACCAGUUUCCGCUAUGGGGACAAUUACUCGCACACGACCUUUCAAAGCUAGGAGAAGAUAAAGAUGCCAGCGGAAAACUGCGACUUGACUGCCCGUGCGGGGAUUCGAACCCAUUAUGCUUUAAUAUCAAGAUUCCCGAUAACGACAUUAUGAAACCGGAAAAAGAUUGCAUACCAUUUGUACGAGCUAAAAGCGUUCUGGAUAUUAAUUGUAAGAACAAUACCAGGCAACAGGAGAAUACUAUUACUGCAUAUAUUGAUGCAAGUAACAUAUACGGAAGUAAUGACCAAUUCAAGUCAAGCCUUGUUUCAGGUCAGAACGACGGGAAACUAUUAGUUGGAACCUACAAUGCGUCGUGUCCAUUCCAUUCUGGACUUCCUCUUUUAACACAAAUCCAUUCUCAAAUCAGCAGUCAGUUUGAAUGCGAUGCUGCGAUCCAUAAGCCAGCGGAUAAACCAUGUUUCGCAGCCGGGGACAUCAGAGCAAACGAACAAACCCCUUUAAUGGCAGAUCAUACAACAUGGUUAAGAAUGCAUAACAAGAUAGCAGAUCAACUGGCCAACAUAAAUUCUCACUGGGACGGAACCAAGAUAUUCGAGACAGCUCGGUCGAUAGUUGGCGCUAUGCAUCAGCAAAUUACAUUCAACGAAUUUCUCCCAAUCAUGUUAGGUGAUGACGUCAUGAGAAGAUUUGAUCUCAAACUCACGGAUAAGGGCUAUUAUUACGGAUACGAUCCCCUCUAUGACGCAACAGCGGAUAUAUCUGUGAUGACAGCAGCAUUAAGACUCGGUCAUACACUGGUCAACCAUGUUCUUACUCGGCCGAACCCCGAUUACUCGAUAAACCAAAACGACCCAGUAAUCGACCUACAUACACAAUUUUUCAACGCGAUUCCUUUGUUUGAAAAGUUUGGAGCUGGUUCGGUUAUUAGGGGUAUGCUGACUGAUCAUGCUAUGAAGUUCGACACAGAUUUCGCUGAGGGUUUGAUUGACAGGUUGUUUGCAGAAGAAGGUAAAUACGGCAAGGACCUUCCCGCGAUUAAUAUACAGAGAGGGAGAGACCAUGGCGUGCCGUCUUACAACGAACACAGAAAGUUCUGCGGUUUGAAAGCAGCAACAACUUUUGACGAGUUGAUUGACAUACCAUCUUCUAUGCAAGAAAGGCUGAAAACUUUAUAUAAUGGUGUCGUGGACGACAUAGAUCUAUUUGUUGGAGGGAUCUCCGAGAAUUCGACAGCAGGCGGAAUAGCCGGGCCAACUUUCGCGUGUUUGCUGGGCCACCAGUUCCGUGACCUGCGCAAAGGGGAUGCGCACUGGUUCGAAAAUGGAGGGAGGUUUUCUACCCUUACACCAAGCCAAUUGGAAGCUAUCAAGUCUGUGACGUUAUCAAGCGUCAUUUGUGACGUAGCUGAUAACUUCACAACGAUUCAACCGGCAGCCAUGAAACUGCAUAGGUUGGCGGGCAACCAACGCAUACCAUGUAGUUCUAUAAAGUCGCUGGAAUUAAGCGCAUGGAAUGAAACAUCUGUAGGAGAUUUUCCAAGUCACGUGGAAAACAUCAAUACAGCAGAUUACGUUUGGACAAUGUGGUUUCCCAUCACACAUUACGACACCACAAGCCUUCCACUUAACCCUGGGACAUCUGUCCUCCGAAGCCUGCGUGUAUACAGGCCUGAUGACGUAUGCAAUGACGUCAUGGGCACAGAUAUGCGGAGCGUAAACGGCUACAUGCAAAUUCGAUUUAAAUGCCCACCGGGGCAGAUCAAGGGCACCGACUUUCCGUUUGUCGACUCCGCCGAAGCUUAUUGGACAAGUUGGUCGGACCAAACGUCGCCACAAUCGCCCGAUUUCGUCGACGAUGAAGGAUUGCCAGGCAGUAGUGCUUGUUCUAAACCAGUAGCUGUACAAGCACAAACAUUGGAUGGGAUACCAGCGCGGGAAAGCGGUGACGUAUUUGAGAUGCUGAGUCCACAAGAUGGACUCUUGUGUCGGGGGAAGCACCAGCCGGGGCUACAAUGCAAAGAUUAUAGAGUUCGAUAUUUAUGCAACCGAGGGUAAAAAAGAAGAACACAGAGUGCAUUGUGUACAUUUUAAAACAUAAAACGUUAUGUUGUGUCAUGUGAGUUCCUAUUUAUUAACGCCCCUUCUAAAUACAUGUGGUACAUAGAUAUAUACGGUAAAAGUACUUCUGCUGUUAUAUGUGUUGGAUCAACGGUGUGACAAAACAGAGCAAAAAUACAUAAAAACAAGUUGAAAUAGAAUUUGACAUCGCUAUAAGGAUUUAACCACUCAUUAUUUGAUUACUUUACCAU